CUCUGGCUAGAUGUGACUUGAAGAGAAGAAAUCACUCCGAGGGAAGCAAAUCUUCAAAGACCUCCAUAAAUUUAGAGGAGGAUGAGAGGCAGCCUGCUUUACUUGACCAUGGUAAUGGUAUCAAUAUACUGAAAAGUCUGUACAAGAAUCAAGUUACCAAAAAGCCCCAACUUCCAAGCUGGUUUAUGGCAUUGGGUUAUGUGUGACUUACAACCCAAUACCGGAGCAUCUCUCUCUCUCUCUCUCUCUCUCUCUCUCUCUCUGAAUAUGAUGUGGAGGGACACAAAGCUACUGGCGUUAGGCCUCAUAACUGUACUCCUACAUGCCUGCUUCUUUUCAAUUUGUGUUGCUAAUUCAAACAAGACAUGCAGGCCCUCUUCGUGCGGAGAUAUUCAGAACAUCAGUGACCCCUUUCGAUUAAAAGGUGAUCCUGAUGGCUGUGGUGAUCGGAAGUAUGAAUUGGUUUGUGAAAACAAUCAUACGAUGGUAAAACUGUACCAUAGGAAAUACUAUGUUGCGGAGAUCAACUACCCUAAUCAUACUAUUCGGGUAGUGGAUCCUAGCCUAAAGAAGGGCAACUGUUUCUCCACUCCUCCUUAUUCCUUGACAAGAGAAAACUUCGGUGAUCCAUAUGGAUACACUUAUGGAGAUCCAUAUCAAUUGCCUUGUGAAUGGAGACUGAAGCCUACACUUUUGAUGAAUUGUGAUGGUCCAGUCAGUGGCCAUAACUACAUUCCUAUUGUUCCAUGCAAUUCUCCUUCCUCCCAAACAUAUGCUUAUGCACUGGUAGGAGACUCCAUGCAGGUCAGUGAUAUUCCGUAUUCAUGCACCAUGGGCGUGACCAUUGUUACUCGAUUGUUGAAGGCACAUUCAGAUCACAGCAAUCGUUCAAUGGCAAAUUUGCAAGAAGAGCUUCUUCGGGGUGUUGAGAUUUCAUUUUUGCCCUUCCGCUGCAAAGAAUGCGACGUGAAUGAGACACUGUGCUGCAGUCCAGAUUUCGCUAAGAAUACAAUACAAUGCGAGACCUGCAGCUACGGCUACGACGACGAAAGACCCACCAGAAAUGGCUUUAUAGCUUUCUUGCGCACUCUAAUUGGACGCCUGAUUAGCCCCAAGUCCAUUACACUUGAAGGAUUUAGAACCUACCUCAGCAACCAUUACUACUACAACUACUACGCUAUAAUUGGAGGCUGGAUACUUCAAAAGAUCGCCAUGCUGAUGGUUGGAAGAUACACACUCGGGGGAUUGUGCAUGUUGUCCUAUUUAAUUUACAAGUUUCAAAGGAGACACUUGUCAUGGGAUGAUAGCAUCGAAGAAUUCCUUCGGAUUCACAAAAAUCUUCAGCCGAUCAAGUACUCAUAUUCAGAUAUAAAAAAGAUGACUCAUAAUUUUAGAAACAAAUUAGGUCAAGGAGGCUUUGGCUCUGUUUAUAAAGGAAAGCUUCGAAGUGGUCGCAUUAUAGCAGUGAAGGUGUUGAUCAUGUCAAAAUCUAAUGGACAAGAUUUCAUCAAUGAAGUUGCUACCAUUGGAAGGAUUCAUCAUGUUAAUGUGGUGAAACUUGUCGGAUUUUGUGUACAAGGACCAAAAUGGGCUCUUAUAUAUGAGUUUAUGCACCAUGGAUCUCUUGAUAAAUUUAUUUUUCUCAAGCAAGAAAACAACACUCCUUUGAGUUGGGAAAUGUUGUAUAAGAUUGCGCUUGGAGUGGGACGUGGGAUUGAAUACUUACAUCGAGGUUGUGACAUGCAAAUUCUACAUUUUGAUAUUAAACCGCACAAUAUUCUUCUUGAUGAAAAUUUUACCCCAAAAGUUUCAGAUUUUGGUCUAGCGAAAUUAUCUUCAAUAAAUGAAAGUAUUGUAUCUCUCACUGCUGCACGGGGAACAUUGGGAUAUAUUGCUCCUGAAUUGUUCUACAAAAAUAUCGGAGGCGUCUCAUAUAAAGCUGAUGUUUAUAGUUUUGGAAUGUUGUUGAUGGAAAUGGUGGGAAAAAGGAAGAACGUGAAUGCAUUAGCAGAGCAUUCAAGUCAAAUAUACUUUCCAUCAUGGAUCUAUGACAGAUAUGGACAAGGAGAGGACAUGGAAAUGGGAGAUGCCACUGAGGAUGAAAAGAAACUUGUAAAAAAAUUGGUGAUAGUUGCUUUAUGGUGCAUACAAAUGAAACCUAUAGAUCGUCCUUCAAUGAGCAAAACAUUGGAAAUGUUGGAAGGAAAGGUUGAACUCUUGGAAAUGCCUCCCAAGCCUACUCUAUACUAUGAGGAAAUCUCAACUGAGGAUCAUGAAGGCAAUUCAAAAGGGGCACUGAUUUCUUCAUGCAAUUCCAUGGAUACAAUUACCUUGGAUGGAAGGUAGUGUAUGCCUACUUGCAUUUUCUUUGUCCUGUGAUACCAUGUGUUUAAUUGGCUUAAAUAUAUGGUGUCCCUCUCAUCUAAGGUUCAUAUAUGUUAUAUGGUCUUGAGACACUGGGUUGGUUAUGUGGAACCAAUUAAGUAUGUAUACAUGUAAUAACACAGCGUUCCAGGUGUUUGAGAACUUGUCCACUUACUUGCCAUCAAGAUUAUUAAGUAAAAUUUUCCUAUUCCGUUUGCUUCACA